CUCACCGGGGGCCCGUUACUCAGUUACUCCUUGACUUUAUUCCAGUGAGAAACGCACUCCACUGCUCGUGAUCAUUCAAUUUGUUGCUGGAUUCUCUCCCCGUCAGGUUUACUCUUUGUCGACGGGAUUGAAAUGUUCCAUUUACGGCCAACGGCACUGCUCAAGGAGAUAUUUCAGAGGCAGCUGAAACGACAUUUGGCAGGCGGAGUCCACGCAUCACCUGCAGCCGGCUACUGGAGCCGCUCUCCGGCCACGGCGACAGCUGAGCAGCACAACGCCAGACGCUUUUGUUCCAAAGGAGACGGACACAAUGAGGCCGCAAAAGAUUCUUCAACGGAGAAGAGAAGGAAGGCAGGUAUUCUACCCAGCCUGGAGGACCUGCUCUUCUACACCAUAGCUGAAGGCCAAGAAAAGAUCCCAGCACACAAAUUCACCACAGCUCUCAAAACCACAGGGCUGCGCACAGGAGACCCCCGUCUGAAAGAAUGUAUGGAGAUGUUGAAGGUCACCGUGAAAACGACAUCAGACGGAGCCCUGGAUAGACACCUCUUCAAGAAAUGCGUGCAGAGCAACAUUGUGUUGCUAACUCAAGCCUUUCGAAAGAAAUUUGUCAUCCCGGACUUCCAACCGUUUUGCCACCACAUUGACGAGCUCUACGACAAUGCAAAGAACAUGUCCGGAGGGCAGGUGGCUGACUACAUUCCCCAGCUGGCUCGCUUCAGCCCAGACUUGUGGGCCGUCUCCUUGUGCACUGUGGAUGGUCAGAGGCACACUGUAGGUGACACCAAGGUGCCCUUCUGUCUGCAGUCUUGCGUGAAGCCUCUGAAAUACGCCAUCGCUGUUCACGACCACGGCACAGAGUAUGUGCACCGAUUUAUUGGCAAAGAGCCCAGCGGCCUGCGCUUCAACAAGCUUUUCUUGAAUGAGGAUGACAAACCACACAACCCUAUGGUGAACGCCGGCGCCAUCGUCUGUACCUCUCUCAUCAAGCAAGGAGCCAGCAAUGCUGAGAAGUUUGACUAUGUUAUGAACUUCAUGAACAAACUGGCAGGAAACGAGUAUGUCGGCUUCAGCAAUGCCACGUUCCAGUCUGAGCGUGAGUCUGGAGACAGAAACUUUGCCAUCGGCUACUACCUGAAGGAAAAGAAGUGUUUUCCAGAAGGAACGGACAUGACAUCCAUCUUGGACUUCUACUUCCAGUUGUGCUCCAUUGAGGUGACCUGUGAGAGUGCCAGUGUAAUGGCAGCAACCCUCGCCAACGGUGGCUUCUGUCCCAUCACAGGAGAGCGUGUACUGAGCCCGGAGGCAGUGCGCAACACACUCAGCCUGAUGCACUCAUGUGGAAUGUAUGAUUUCUCUGGACAGUUCGCCUUUCAUGUGGGUCUCCCAGCUAAAUCUGGCGUCGCUGGCGGGAUCCUGCUUGUUGUUCCAAAUGUCAUGGGCAUCAUGUGUUGGUCUCCUCCUCUCGACAAGCUGGGCAACAGUGGGCGAGGAAUCCAAUUCUGCACGGAUCUAGUUUCCCUCUGCAACUUUCACAACUAUGAUAAUUUGAGACACUUUGCAAAGAAACUGGAUCCUCGCAGGGAGGGAGGUGACCAGAGGGUGAAGUCUGUGAUCAAUCUGUUGUUUGCUGCUUAUACGGGAGAUGUGUCAGCCCUGAGGAGGUUUGCAUUGUCCUCCAUGGACAUGGAGCAGAGGGAUUAUGACUCCAGGACUGCUCUGCAUGUGGCUGCAGCUGAAGGCCACACUGAGGUUGUUCGCUUUUUGCUUGAGGCCUGUAAGGUCAACCCGGUCCCCAGAGACAGGUGGGGAAAUACGCCGAUGGAUGAGGCGGUUCACUUCGGCCACCAUGAUGUAGUCACCAUCCUGCGCGAUUACCACAAUCUGUACAGUUCUCAGGAGAACCCAGCGACAAAGGAGAACGCAGAGAAGAACCUGGAUGGCAUGUUGUAAUAUGUCUGGAGGGACCAGCUCAACUCCAUAGCGUGUUGCGCAGAACUUUAUAUAUACUUGUACAUUGUUCUGAUGACAGCAAAUGUUAGCACCUAAGAAAAAUCUUAAUCAUGUUGUUGUUAGCUGGUGUUGUACUACUUUCUAUGUAUGUUGGAGUAGUUUUAGGUGAGAGUUUUACUGUAAUUUCCCAUUAGCAUAACUUUUGUAGCCUCUUGCAGGAUGGUACCAGCCAAAGGCUGAAUGCUGGCUUCAUUUAGUGGCAGCUGGUACACUAUUUUGUUUUAGGCAGGUGUAGUAAACAAUACCUCUGUUUGUUUAACAUCGGCAUGUGGUGGAAUGUAACGUGUCCGAACAAUUUGUGUGUUUGUAUGUGUUUCGGUAUUAAUUUAUUUAUUCAUGUAUUUAAGAUAAAAGUUGAGCGUGUGUGUGUAUAUGACUAGGUCUAUUCGUGUGGCAUUGUGGUGGAUUAAGCCAUGACUAAGAUGUCAUUCCCAAUAUUAUGACUGUAAAAUGUUUUUGCUGUUUACAUUUUCCCAAAACGUUUUUAUUUUAGUUAUUUGCUAUUUAUUAUGGAAAAACCUGGUGUAAAAAUGUCAACAAUGAGCCAAAGUUCAGGUUGUUUGUAGUGACAGUACAACUAGGAGCAGAGCUUUUGACCCCUUGGCUUAAAAUGGUUUGUGCUGAAGCUGUUGAAUGUUUUUUUUUUUUUUUUUUUAAUGUGGUGACAGUUUUACAUAUUUGUAGCACAGAUUGUUAAGUAUCACAUGAAAUUUGGGAAACUGUUUCUUCUGGAGACAACUCAGGAAGGUGUUGGCCAAAUUUGAAAAGCUCCAUGCAAAACUAUAAAAAUGGUCAGGGUUGUGUGUUUUGGAUGAUGAAAGACAUGACAAUGUCUUGAAUCAAUCAAAACAAUGUAGAAGCACAAUAACUGCAAUAUUUAUGACACAUUUACCAGACCAGAAGGUCAUAUAGACUUGAGCUGAUUGCCACCUCUGUCUGUGUUAGUUGUUGCUGCUGUGACUGGAUGUAUCGAUUUCAGGAAAUGUUCUCACAGAUUAAAUAUAUAUUAAACAAUUUGACAAUUUGUUCUCUGCU